GUUUCUCAAAAUCGAAAGAAAAAAAAAAAAAAAAGCAAUCAUCUCAAAACUCUCUAGAAUCGCGAAUUACGAUCAAGAUGCAGAUAUUCGUUAAGACUCUCACGGGAAAGACAAUCACCCUCGAGGUGGAAAGCUCAGACACCAUCGACAACGUUAAAGCGAAGAUUCAGGACAAGGAAGGCAUUCCCCCGGAUCGGCAGAGGCUUAUCUUCGCCGGGAAGCAACUUGAAGAUGGGCGUGCUCUCGCUGACUACAACAUCCAAAAAGAGUCGACCCUUCAUCUUGUCCUCAGGCUCCGUGGUGGUAUGCAGAUCUUCGUCAAAACCCUAACCGGAAAGACUAUUACUUUGGAGGUGGAAAGCUCAGACACCAUCGAUAAUGUCAAAGCUAAGAUCCAGGACAAGGAGGGAAUCCCACCGGACCAGCAGAGGUUGAUCUUCGCAGGCAAGCAGCUUGAAGACGGCAGGACUCUCGCUGACUACAACAUCCAAAAGGAGUCAACUUUGCAUCUCGUUCUCAGGCUCCGUGGUGGUAUGCAGAUUUUCGUUAAGACAUUGACCGGCAAGACCAUUACUUUGGAGGUGGAGAGCUCCGACACCAUUGACAAUGUCAAAGCUAAGAUCCAAGACAAGGAGGGUAUCCCUCCAGACCAGCAGAGGUUGAUCUUUGCCGGAAAGCAGCUCGAGGACGGCAGGACUCUCGCUGACUACAAUAUCCAAAAGGAGUCUACACUUCACUUGGUGUUGCGUCUGCGUGGAGGCAUGCAAAUCUUCGUCAAGACCUUGACUGGUAAGACCAUCACACUGGAGGUGGAGAGCUCGGACACCAUUGAUAACGUGAAAGCCAAGAUCCAAGACAAGGAAGGGAUCCCUCUAGAUCAGCAGCGUCUCAUCUUCGCUGGAAAGCAGCUUGAGGAUGGUCGCACCCUUGCCGACUACAACAUCCAGAAGGAGUCGACCCUUCACUUGGUGUUGCGUCUCCGUGGUGGUUUUUAAGUCUCUCGUCCUUUGUCUUAUCAAAAAUCAACAAUGUCUGCGUUUUUAGUCUCGUUUUCUUUAAAACUUAUCAUGGUUUGUGUGUUUGAGGCAUUGUAAGCCUCUUUUGAAUAAUCGUUGAACUCUGUUUCUCUCUUUUCCUUGCAAGACUUUCCUAUCUAUAUCCUCGUUAUUCCUAAA